AUGGCAGCUUCACCACACGUUGUUGUGUCUUCGUCUUUCUCUAGUUCGACUGCUACGAUGAGGAUGAGGACAAGCUCUGCCCCAACCGUACCACAAACGACGACGGCCAUACGCAAGCCACCUAUCAGACAGGUAGAAAAGGGGCCUCGUGGAGCUCGGCCUCCGCUCGCUACCCUUUCCCAAAAUUCGGGGUCGUCCAAAGUGAAGGCUGGCCCUUCAACCUCAUCCAAACCCCCAAUGUCAACGUCGUCUAUGGCUGGCCCAAGCUCAUCUACUUCCCCACCCAAGAGGAAACCAGCACCUCUGAACCUCGAUGACUCCAUCGACCAUGUGGUCCUCUACACAUUCAAGUUCAAAAGAACAGCAUCACCAUCUCUAGCGUCCGCUCGACCUUCUGGUGCUCGAAAACCCCUAUCGAAUGCUCGGAUUCGGAGGAAGCAGGGAUCGGUCGCGAGUUUGGGUGACAUGGGACUAGACUUGGGGAGGGUUGGGCUGAGUUCGGCUGGCGUAACAACUUCCCAACCUGUAGUCAAAUCGACAGAGACACCGACGUGGGCGACGAGAUAUCCUGCUUCAGCUGCAGCAGCCUACCCGCCUCCAAGCUCAGCCUUCAGUGUCCGGCCCCUGCCUCCAAUAUCAUCAUCAUCUGCGAUCACUCCGCCCCCUGGCAGAGUCGGCAGCCCGGGUAUCAGACCACUUCCAUCGUUACCUCCUACACCCCUUAUCCGACCUCUACCCCGCCUUCCAGCAACAUCAAGACCUAUUGAGGGGCCGCAAUCACCUGUUGGCAGCACCUACACCAGGGCACCCACACCUCCACCUCCUUUCUCUGACUUUCCCAUCCAAGGUUCGAGGACGAUAGAUGUCGAAGAUGGAAGAACGACGCCCCCUCCACCAUUCACCGACUACCUUGACGCUCCCGCAGCAGGGUCGUCGACCGCCCAUGGUUCGUCCGAACAGUUAGGACCGUUACCAGCCGAAGGGGAGGAAGAAUCCGAUUCCUCAACACACAUACACCUCGUGUUCGCUGCCUCGUGUGUUCCAUCCUCCACAGGCACAAGCACAACUGUCGCCAACUCCACACCUUCUCCCCGUACCCUUCUCUCACCCCCACUUCUCCGACUCGACGUCUCACCCAAAACCCUCCGGCGAAUCAAAGGAGCAGCUAUUUCAGCGACGGAGAUUGAGCGCAGUAUCCUCGCUGACCUGUUCCGAGAGAAGGUUAUAUCGGAAGAUUGCGAAGAAGGCAAAGUGGGUUGUGGGGUUGUGGGCGGUGAUGGGGUUACCGUGGAUGACAUUGGUGUAUUGGGCGGUCGUGAUCAGGAAGGGACAAAAGAGGGUGUAAAUGGGGAGGCAGAGGGUGGGGAAGACAGCGCUGGCGGUGGUGGUCGUGGCUGUUUGGGUGAUCAAUCAGAGGGUGGAGAAGAAGAAUCGACGCCCCUAUCAUCGACUGCGGAAAGCGGACACCUUGGAGAAAGUGCUGGGUUCUUCUGUGAAGAGAUUCUGGCUCGGACUGGGGGACGUGUUGCGUCCGACUGCGAGAGCAUCUUGACGCCUGUCACGCCUCAUUCCGAGAGGAGGAAUACCGUUCUGAGCUUCGUGAGCUACUGCAGUACGGAUGGGCACGAUGUAGAUAAGGACGACGAGGGCAUGUGGGAGUGGAUCAUCAAGGACGGGGUGCUGCGCCAGUCGUUUUUCCAGGAAAAGUCGCUGCGGCUGAGCGCCUGUGGAAAGUAUUGGUGA